CAACUUCCAAGUGCCAACGAAACAAAAGAGACAACAUAGAAGAGAAUUUCCCCUGCACUUAACACACCAAAAUGAAGAAACAAUGUUCUGAAGAAUCAUCACAAACAAGUCCAAACCAAAAAUUAUCCUUAGAACAUUGUUGGUUUGAUGAUGCAUGCAUCUUAGACAUGGACUACUUUGUAAAAACUUUAUCAGGAAUCAAAGCAAAAGGCGUCCGAGCCGACUUAAUCGGUUCAAUCAUCACACACUAUGCAUCAAAAUGGCUCCCUGACUUAUCAACUGAAAAGGGUCUAACACAAUUUGAAGAAUCAUCACCUGAGAGUGUAACAGCUUCAUGGAUGAAAAAAAGGUUCUUUGUUGAAACCUUAGUUAAUGUUCUACCACCAGAAAAAGAUUCAAUACCAUGUAACUUUCUUCUUAGGCUUUUAAGAACAGCCAACAUGGUUAAUGUUGAUUCAAAUUACAAAACUGACCUUGAAAACAGAAUUUCUUGGCAGUUAGAUCAAGCUUCAUUGAAAGAACUCAUGAUACCUUCUUUUAGUCAUACUUGUGGGACCCUUUUGGAUGUUGAACUUGUUAUUAGGUUGGUUAAGAGGUUUGUAUGUUUGGAUCAUGAAGGAGGUAUAACUACUGCUGCUUUGGUUAAAGUUGCUAAGUUGGUUGAUUCUUACCUUGCUGAGGUUGCUUUGGAUGCUAAUUUGAGUUUGUCUCAAUUUGUUACACUUGCUGCUUCUCUUCCUUCUCAUGCAAGACCUACUGAUGAUUGUUUGUAUAGAGCCAUUGACACUUAUCUUAAAGCACAUCCGAGUGUGUCGAAGCAAGAAAGGAAGGGUUUAUGUAGAUUGAUUGAUAGCAGAAAACUCACACCAGAAGCCUCACUUCAUGCAGCUCAAAAUGAAAGGUUACCUGUUAGAGCUGUUAUUCAGGUUCUUUUCUCUGAACAAACGAAACUUAACCGUCACAUCGAUUGGAGUGCCUCUUUCGGUAGUUUGAGGAGUUCGAGUGUGAAUGGUGUGUUUGACACGCCAGCACGAUGCCUUUCGAAGCGUGAAAUGAACACACAGCAAAUGGAGAUAAAGAAACUGAAGGAAGAUGUUUAUAUGCUGCAAAGUCAGUGCAAUGCAUUGCAAGCACAGAUGGAAAAGAUGGCAGAAAAGAAAAAAAGGUUCUUCAAAUGGAAGAAGCUUGGUUUUGGUAAAAGUGUUGGAGAGAUUGAGAAUGUUGAACAACAAGAAGUUGAAUCCGAAUUUGGAUUUGGAAAGCAAACACCUAUGGACAUGAAAGCUAGUUUGUCCAAAGGUAGGACUCCACAAAAGUGGGGGAAAUCACUGUCAUGAAAGAGAGGCUUUUUACUUUCAAUAAAAACAUAUAAAUUAAGUUGUUACGUAAGUUUGUUUAUUCGAGUUAAAAGUUUAGGCUUUGGAAAUAAUGUAAGAUAGAGACAAUGGUAUUUGGAAUAAAUUCAAUAAAAAUGUGAACAUACCAAUGUUUUGGAUUAGAAUUAAUUCUAGUAAGGAAGUCGAAAGAUUCGUCAUUAAAA